UUUGAGAAAGAAAGCCACACCCCUAGACAGAGCUUUCAGAAGCAAAGCUCCACCCCUCUCAGGAGUUUUGAGAAAGAAAGCCACACCCCUAGACAGAGCUUUCAGAAGCAAAGCUCCACCCCUCUCAGGAGUUUUGAGAAAGAAAGCCACACCCCUAGACAGAGCUUUGAGAAAGAAAGCCACUCCCUGAGGCAGAAUUUUCAGAAGGAAAGCUCCACCUCUUUAAGGAACUUUCAGAAGCAAAGCUCCACCCCUCUAAGGAGCUUUGAGAAAGAAAGCCCCUCCCCUCGACGGAACUUUGAGAAAGAAAGCCACUCCCCUCGGCGGAACUUUGAGCCCGGCAGCUCCUCCCCUCACAAGCAGCAUUCCGAUUCCAAACCCUCCUUUAAAACAGAACUCAAGAGCCUUGCUAAAAACCUCCGUCCCACAAGCCCCGCGCUUUCUCCUCCCUCCUCCUACAAACUCGGCAGGACCUUGACAGACUCCUCCAGCCCCGCCCCCAGACGAAGCCCCUCCCCUGGGUGUGGCCUGUCCCAGGCAGACCCAAGACAAGGCAGGAGCCACGACCCUCACAGCUCUCCAACGAGGAGGUUAGAAGCCACUCGGAGCCCCUCCCCUGGGCGUUGCCUGUCGUCCCGGAGCCCCUCCCCUCAGAGGGGCGUGGCAGGCAGGCUGAGUUCCUCUCAGAGCUCCCUGGAGAGUGAAGGAAGCUUGCUGUCUGCCGGAGGCUCGGGGCUGGUCAGGAGAGAGUACUGCCUGCUGGCAGACCUGCCCAAGCCCAGGAGGAUCGGCCACAGGGAGGCGCUAGAGAGGGAGCGGAGAGAGAGGGGACACGGGGACCGCACCAGGAGCCCAGGCAGGGAGGAGGUGCAGAGGCUGUUUGGGAAAUCCCAGAUGUCGGAAACGUUCCACUCCCUGGAUUCGGGAGCGCCGGUAUUCCGGAGGGAGGGGGGUCUGUCCCGGACCCUCUCCUCGUCCUCCCUCCUCUCUCAGGGGUCCCGCAGCCCCCCCAGAGAGGAGCGAGCCUACUGGAGGAGCAGUCUGAGACCAGCACAGACCAGUCAGGCUGAGGACCGGCGUGUUGCGGAUCAGGGUUCGAGAAGCAGGUCCAGUUCUCUUCAAUACAGCAGGGAGGCAGAGCGGCCGGAGAGCUCUGAUGAAAGUUAUACCUCCACCCACCAGAGGGCGCCGGUUGAAAACACCAACGCCAAGGCAGACAAGCCUGAUCUCCUCAACUUCAAGAAAGGAUGGAUGUCAAAGUUGGACGAGAAAGGAGAGUGGAAGAGGCACUGGUUUGUUUUGACGGACGCUGGUCUGAGAUACUACAGGGACUCCAACGCUGAAGAGGUGGAUGAUGUUGAUGGUGAGAUUAAUCUCUUAUCCUGUCUCGAUGUCUCAGAGUUUCAGGUACAGAAGAACUACGGCUUCCAAAUACAGACUAUGGAAGCAGUACACACUCUGUCUGCAAUGACUUCAGGAAUUCGUCGAAAUUGGAUUGAGGUUUUGCGAAAAAGUAUUCGACCGACGUCAGUCCCUGAUGUUACCAAGCUCUCUGACGACAAAGAGAACUCCUUCACCCAGCGGGACCCUCAGACAGGAAGGAGGGGCCGGCCGGAGCAGGAAGUGAGGUCAGAGGCCGCCCCCCCGCAGCGCUUCGACUACGUGGAACUGGCGCCCCUGGCCACGCCCCCGAGCCCUGUGUCACAGAAGGGGGAGGAGCUGGAGAACUUGCAGGCUCAGAGAUACGGGGAGAGAACUCUGUGGUUUGAGACCAACGUCUCCAAGGCAACCGGGAGAGGGGCCGGGCCACAGUGGCCCGGGGGAGUGGCCUCCAGGAAGGCCGGCGUUCUAGAAGGGGGCGGGGUUCCGGAAGCCCCUCCCACGGCUGAUCCUGAGCAGAGGAGGAGGCUGGAGGCGGAGAUCGAGAAGAGGUGGGAGGAGUUUGAGAAGCUGCCACUCAGGGAGAGCCGGCAGGUUCCCGCGGUAACCAGGAGGGGUCACCGCGGCGACGAGGCGCUGGAGAAAGAGUGUCAGUCUCUCAGGCAGCAGGUGGAGAGAUUGAAGAGGCAGCUGGAGGGUCAGAGGUCAAACAGCACCCCCCCACCACAGGGGUACAUCUCCCAGGCUCAAUGUGAACACAGUCUGUCUACGAUGGAAGCAGCUCACUCUCAAGCGAUGAAGGAAUUUCAGCGCUACCACCAGAGGGAGCUGGAGAGGCUGGGGGAGGAGAGAGAGAGGCUCCUGGCAGAAGAGGCCGCGGCCACUGCAGCUGCAAUGCAAGCUCUUAAAAAAGCCCACAGAGAGGAACUGGCCAGAGAGACAGAGAGGGUCAAGCGACUGACCGCUGGAGGCAAUUCAUUAGAUCUGCAAUCCCUACGGACACAGCACCAGUCUGAGAUGGGGUCUCUGAGGAGGGAGCUGGAGGGUUUGUCGGAGAGAUAUUCCCACAAGUGCGUCGAAUUGAACAGCCUGCUUCAGAGAGGAGAGGAGAGAGAGAGAGAAGCGAGCCAGCAGAGGAGAGUGAUAGAGGAACUGAGGAGAGAGAACGAGGAUCUGCAGACUCGUCUCUCUAAUGAGAUUGGUCGGUUGCGAGCCUUCAUCACAGGUCAGGGGUCAGACGAGGGGAGCGGUUCCCAUAGCAACCAGGAACGGAACUCCUGCGAGCUAGAGGUGCUGUUGAGGGUGAAGGAGAGUGAGGUUCAGUCUCUCCAGAAGGAGAUGUCGUGUCUCAGAGAGGAGGUGCAGACCCUGCACCAGGAGAAGCGGUUCUCCUCGGAGCGGUACCACGAGGUUUACGCUGAGCUGAGCAGCAUGAAGACGCGGAGCGAGAGGGAGAUCAGCCAGCUGAGAGAACACCUGAGACUAACCCUGGCAGCACUGAGAGAGGAGGGGGGAGUGCGGAACAGCCUGGGGGACUGAGAGAGGAGGGGUCCUGUUAACACUUUGCAGACGGUCCCCCGGCUGAGCUGCAGAGGAAAACAAAUCUAGACGGUGCCUUAAACCCACCUGACCUUGGAUUCAGCCAAUCAGUGGACUGAGAGACUCCCUGAAAGUCAAACCUUACUGUACGAACACUGGCUUACUGUCCUGAGCUCUGCACUUACUUUGAUUUUUUUUCAACUUUUAUUAAUUUAAUUUUUAAAGCAUUUCUUUAAGAGUUUUUUAUUUUCCGAACCCCACAAAUUUUUUUUAAGGGGUCGGAAUAUUUUUAAACCACUUUACAAAAAUGUAAAAAAAAAAAAAAAAUAGGGGACCGUGGAUAUUUUCACAUUCCCUACCAAAAACGUUAAAUGUAUUAUUAUUAUUAUUAUUAUUAUUAUUAUUAUUAUUAUUAUUAUUUGUAUUGUUAUUUUUCUGGGGUUUUUUUAAAAUGUUUUUAUGUUUAAAAGUGGAACCUCAGGACUAAAGUUUAUUCUAUUGAAAGAAAAAAGUUUCCCUCCCUCCCAGUCCCUCCUCAGCUCCGCUAGAGCCACGCUGCUUCCCUCCCAGUCCCUCCUCAGCUCCGCUAGAGCCACGCUGCUUCCCUCCCAGUCCCUCCUCAGCUCCGCUAGAGCCACGCCGCUUCCCUCCCAGUCCCUCCUCAGCUCCACUAGAGCCACACUGCUUCCCUCCCAGUCCCUCCUCAGCUCCGCUAGAGCCACACUGCUUCCCUCCCAGUCCCUCCUCAGCUCCGCUAGAGCCACACUGCUUCCCUCCCAGUCCCUCCCAGUCCCUCCUCAGCUCCGCUAGAGCCACACUGCUUCCCUCCCAGUCCCUCCUCAGCUCCGCUAGAGCCACACUGCUUCCCUCCCAGUCCCUCCUCAGCUCCGCUAGAGCCACACUGCUUCCCUCCCAGUCCCUCCCAGUCCCUCCCAGUCCCUCCUCAGCUCCGCUAGAGCCACACUGCUUCCCUCCCAGUCCCUCCUCAGCUCCGCUAGAGCCACACUGCUUCCCUCCCAGUCCCUCCUCAGCUCCGCUAGAGCCACACUGCUUCCCUCCCAGUCCCUCCCAGUCCCUCCUCAGCUCCUCUAGAGCCACACUGCUUCCCUCCCAGUCCCUCCUCAGCUCCACUAUAUAUUUUGAAUAUAUAUAUAAAGCUAUAUUGAUGAAUGUAAUUCUAUUUUCUUGAGCUAUUGUAAUUAUUAUUAUUAUUAUUAUGAGCCAAUAUUUUUUUGGAGAGGUUAAAUAAGGAGGGUGAAACUAGAAUCAGUUUUUAUUUUUCUUUGUUAGAAUUUUUUUUUUAAAUACAUUUUUUUUCAAUCAAUAAAAGAAAAUUGAAAAAAUGGUUUUAUCCAAGUUUAUCAUUAUCAGUAAAUUUUAAUAUUUGUUUUACAUUCAAACAUAAAACUAUUAUUAUUAUUAUUAUUAUUAUUAUUAUUUAUUUUUUACGGCUUCAAAUUCUACGUUCCAAAAAUUAAUUCAUUCAUUCAUUCAUUCAUUCAUGAAUUAAUAAAAAUUCAGCAGCAGUGUGGAGUAGUGGUCAGGGCUCUGGACUCUUGACCGGAGGGUCGUGGGUUCAAUCCCAGGUGGGGGGGACACUGCUGCUGUACCCUUGAGCAAGGUACUUUACCUAGAUUGCUCCAGUAAAAACCCAACUGUAUAAAUGGGGAAUUGUAUGUAAAAAAUAAUGUGAUAUCUUGUAACAAUUGUAAGUCUCCCUGGAUAAGGGCGUCUGCUAAGAAAUAAAUAAUAAUAAUAAUAAUAAUAAUAAUAAUAAUAAUAAUAUCAAAUCUAUUCGGGCUAUAUCUGCUGCUGACACGCGUGUUAAAAUCUACAAUCUACGACAUUCAAAAUAAAUCCUUUAAAAAAUAAUAAUAAUAAUAAUUUAAAUACACGCAGAAGUUCAAAUUCAUGUUUAUUUUGUGUGGUGGUUGUUCUUGAUGCUGUCAAUAAAGUUUUUGAAGCGAGAAAUCGCGAGAGCGAGCGAGAGAAAAUAAACAUCAGCCCGGAUUGGUUAAAAAAAAAAAAAAAAGUCGAGCGAGGUUUGAAAAGGGGCUGGGUUUGGAAGAUGAGUGACCUCACAGCUGUCCAAUCACUGCAGAAUCUCCACGCCCUUUAGCUGGGAUCUAUCCAAUGAGAGAGGGGUGCGUGGGCGGGGUUAGAACCUUUGAUUUUUUUUUCAACUUUUUUUAAUUUAAUUUUUAAAGCAUUUCUUUAAGACUUUUUUAUUUUCCGAACCCCACAAAUUUUUUUUAAGGGGUCGGAAUAUUUUUAAACCACUUUACAAAAAUGUAAAAAAAAAAUAAAUAAAUAGGGGACUGUGGAUAUUUUAUCAUUCCCUACCAAAAACGUUAAAUGUAGUAUUAUUAUUAUUAUUAUUAUUAUUAUUAUUAUUAUUUGUAUUGUUAUUUUUCUGGGGUUUUUUUAAAAUGUUUUUAUGUUUAAAAGUGGAACCUCAGGACUAAAGUUUAUUCUAUUGAAAGAAAAAAGUUUCCCUCCCUCCCAGUCCCUCCUCAGCUCCGCUAGAGCCACGCUGCUUCCCUCCCAGUCCCUCCUCAGCUCCGCUAGAGCCACACUGCUUCCCUCCCAGUCCCUCCUCAGCUCCGCUAGAGCCACACUGCUUCCCUCCCAGUCCCUCCUCAGCUCCGCUAGAGCCACACUGCUUCCCUCCCAGUCCCUCCUCAGCUCCGCUAGAGCCACACUGCUUCCCUCCCAGUCCCUCCCAGUCCCUCCUCAGCUCCGCUAGAGCCACACUGCUUCCCUCCCAGUCCCUCCUCAGCUCCGCUAGAGCCACACUGCUUCCCUCCCAGUCCCUCCCAGUCCCUCCUCAGCUCCACUAGAGCCACACUGCUUCCCUCCCUCUAGAAAUCUUUUUAUUUUGAAUAUAUAUAUAUAAAGCUAUAUUGAUGAAUGUAAUUAUAUUUUCUUGAACUAUUGUAAUUAUUAUUAUUAUUAUUAUGAGCCAAUAUUUUUUUGGAGAGGUUAAAUAAGGAGGGUGAAACUAGAAUCAGUUUUUAUUUUUCUUUGUUAGAAUUUUUUUUUUAAAUACAUUUUUUUUCAAUCAAUAAAAGAAAA